UUAUAAGCAAAACAAAACAUUAAAUUUAAAAUAAUGAUUGUUUUUAUUUUGUCAUUUUUUCAUACAAAGUAAUCGGAUUAGAUUAGUUUACCAAUACUACCGGACGCUAAAUUCUAGUACUUCAUUACCCAGACUUUGAAUUGACUUGUAUACAGCAGCAGUUUUUUGAGUAAUUAGUUUGAUUAAGUUGGCUGAAAUUAUGGUUUUUUUGAAUAUAUAACUUUCUAAGUGUUAAUGGUGUAAUUAUGUUUAAUUCAAAUGCUAUUGAGUUUUUUAAAAACCUUAAAGUGUACCAUGAAAACCAAGAUGAUUAUUUCCAACAACCAUCCAAAAUGAUUCCAACUCUUCGAUCUUACCAACGUAAAGCUAUAAAAUGGAUGAUAGAUAAAGAAAAAAACAACAAUUUAUGUAAAAGUGAUGGAUUGCCAUUUAGUGGAGGCAUUUUAGCUGAUGAAAUGGGUUUAGGAAAAACAGUUGAAAUGCUGGCAUGUAUUAUAGCCAAUUCUGCACCCACAGAGUUUUAUUCACAGCCGAUAAAGGUUAAAGAAAUUCCAAAAGUACUAACAAAGCCAAUAAAAUCGGUUUCGGUUACUCCUUCAGCUACACCUUCACGUAAAUAUGUACCAUAUUCUAGAAAGCUAGAGGACAAUGCAAAAAGUGUGUCUCGUAGUUCAUUAGAAAAUUGGUAUAAAAAUGUACUUGAUGAAAUGAGUUUUACGUCAAAGAAAAAUAUUAAAACUAUUUGCAAUGAGGAAAAUGAAACUGUUGAAUGUUACUGUGCUGAAGCAAUUCCAAACAGUACAUUGGUCUAUUGUGCAAUAUGUGGUAAAGGUCAACAUCCACAAUGUGUAAAUUUUGCUCCAAAACCUUUUGAAGAAUCGCCAUACUUAUGUGCUGAUUGCUGGACGAUAAAUUAUAAACCUCGGUGUAAAGCUACAUUGGUAGUAGUACCACAGACUAUAUUGAACCAAUGGAUUGAAGAGAUAGAAAAACAUGUCGCUAAACCAGGUUUAAAAGUUUUAGUUUACAAUGGUGUUCACUUUGAUGGCUACAUUCAACCUGUCACAUUCAAUGAUUAUGAUAUAGUGAUUACUUCGUAUUCUAAUCUAAAAAGAGACCUAAACUUUAUCCAACAUGACAUACAAGAACGAACUGCUCGUUUAAGACACUCGAAACGUUAUUAUUAUCCCCAAUCUCCCAUACCGUGUAUAGAAUGGUGGCGUAUUUGCUUAGAUGAAGGUCAAACAGUUGAAUCUACUUAUAGUAAAGUUUUCGAUAUAGUAUCGUGUUUGAAGUCUGUUCAUAAAUGGGCUAUGACUGGUACUCCAAUUCAAAAAUCACUGAAUGAUCUCUAUGGUUUAUUAAAGUUCCUAGAUGUUAGCCCAUACUGUAAUCACAAACAAUUUCUUCAGCUCAUGAAAGGAGAAACUAGUGAAAUGUAUAAUUGGUUUUCAAAAGUGAUAUGGCGUAAUAGCAUGCAAGACGUAAUUUCUGAACUAGGAAUACCUCCACUAACAACUGAACAACAUUGGUCAACUUUUUCUCAAAUUGAAAAACACUUUUAUCAAAAACAGCAUACUGACUGUGCUGAGCUUUUUUUGACUCUCUCAUCAAGAUUAUUUCAAACAUUUAUGAUACCUUUAAAAAAUAUUGAUAGACGGAAUUUAUUUAAAAUAAUGGGACCGUUAUUAAAACUCAGACAAGCUUCUGUCCAUCCACAAGCAGUACGUGGGCAGUUUUUAAAAGUAAAAGGAACUAUGACCAUGGAAAAACUGAUGGAUGUCAUGAUAGAAAAAUGUCGCACUGAAUGUAAUGAAAUUUUAAGAACACUGGUUUCACAUCAUAAUGGAAUGGCUGGUUUGUUUCUUAUUAGAUCACAACCAGCCAAUGCUGUUGAACAUUAUAGAACUGUAUUGAGUCUAAUGGAAAAAUAUAAAGACAAACAACUUGAAGUUGAUACAUGUCAAAAAAUUCACGUAUUGUACAAUUUGUCAUUGUUGCUGGAUGAACAAGUAGAAGUAUCUCAUGCAUUAAAUGAUUUAAAUUUAAAAGAAAACAUGGAAAAACUAGAGAAAGAAUAUCUUGAAAUUAGCAAACUAAAUAUUGAAAAUACACGAAAAACUGUAGCGUUUUAUUCUGACAAAGUAACAGAGCUAAUGAAUAAUGGAGAUAAGACAUUGUCAUACUCAAACUGGUGGUCAGAUUUAUUAGAUUGGAUUUAUUCAGUUGAUGACUUUUUGGGCAAAGUACAAAUGGAUUUAGAAGAUUAUAGAGUUCCAGGUGUACCAAACAUUGCUAACAGGCUUAAAUCAUUGAAUGAUGUAUACAGCACUUUGUAUUCUUGGCUUGAUGAUUUAAAUAGUGCCAGAAUCGAUUCAUUGACUGUUUUAGGCAAAUUACAAAAAACUAAAAUGUGUGAUUUAGUUCAGUCGGCUUUGAUUUGUCAUUUACGUAUUAUAAAAAGAAGAAGUGCAAAACAGAUGUGUUUAUUGUGUGAAGCUGAAAAUCAACUACGAUUGUAUGAAACGUUACUCUUUAGUGUAUCAAACAAGCAGAAAAAUGCAAUAACGGAUGAAGAUGCAGAAAAAAGCAAAAGCUUGUUUGAAAGCACUAGUAAAGGUCUUUGGAAAAUGUCUCAAAAAGAAUUUUUGCUCACGAAAUUAUUUCAAUAUGGACAAGCAAAAAUUAUUAAUAAAAAUUGCUUCAAAGAUGCAGCUGAGCAUAUAAAAUUGUUAGAACUAGUGCGCAAAGAAUUUAAAUAUUUACGACUGUUGUGGACACAUCUAAGUGAUAAUUUAUCAGCUCAUGAUGAAAUAGUUAUGGCGAAAUCUAGAUUAAGACUGGAAGAUGCGGAUGCUGAGCUGAACGAUGAAGGACCUCCUAAGAAAAAGUCUAAGAAAGAAAAUGACGGCAAUGUCAUUUCAGAAGAACUUGUGGGCUUACAUAUUUUUUCAUUAGAGGUCAACAUACCAGUCACUCAAACUGCAUUAGAAAAAAAAAUUGGUACACUAAUAUACCUAGAAAAUCUUAAGACAGAAAAAUCUAAUACUACCGAGUCGGAACUAUGUCCAAUUUGUUGUUAUACUAUAGAGAAUGAAUGGGCAGUUUUGCAAUGUGGUCACUGUAUAUGCAAUACUUGUAUACCCACUGUUUGCAGUAUGUCAGAUGGCUCCAAUGUACCUUGUCCAAUGUGCCGAAGUAUUACCGAUUUGACAUCUAUAUCCUAUGUAAAAAGCAAUCCAGAUGAUAACCCUUCAGGCAUAGUGUUAAAAGGAUCAUUUUCUACUAAAAUUGAAUCUAUUACUUUAAAGUUGAUGGAAUUAAUUGCUCAAGAAAAUAAAAUAAAAGUUCUUAUAUUUUCAACUUGGGAUAAAGUAUUGGAUUUGGUAGGCGAAGCACUUGAACAAAAUUCAAUUAAAUACAGAAGACUAAAAUCAGACAAAAAUUACAAAAAAAACUUAAAAGAUUUUAAAGUUAAUGAAACAAUUAAUGCAUUAUUAAUCAACCUAAGCUUGGGAUCAAAAGGACUAAAUUUAACAGAAGCAACGCGCAUUUUUUUUGUUGAACCUGUACUCAAUCCAGCAGAUGAAGAACAAGCAAUUGGGCGAAUUUUCAGAAUUGGCCAAACAAAACCAACAGUUAUCCAUCACUUUAUUAUACAUGACUCAAUUGAGGAAAACAUUUUCAAUUAUUUUUCUAAGAAUUCCCAGUGUUUAGAGAGCUGGAAUGAAGUUACAGUAGCUAAAUUGAUAAGAGUUUUUGAAAAAAGUGGUGAAAAUUGACUUAUUUGUGAAUAGUUAUGUAUAGCAACAAGCUGUAUAGUUUAAAUUUAAAGUGAAAAUUCAUUAAGUAUAUUUUAAUUUUAGUUUUCUAUAAAGUUAUGAAUGUAUAUAAUUUAAUUAUAUAUAAAACAAGUUUAAAAUGUGUGUUGUUAAGAAAUAUUUUAACAGCUAUACUAUUUACUCUAGAUUAAAAAUCCUGCUUUAUUUUAUUUGA